CCUCGCUGUAAUUUUUAUUUACUCCCGAAAUCCAAGAUGGCUGCCCUGGAUAUCUCACUACCCUAGCAAUUGAGGAUGCAAGUAUUGAGAAAACUACUUUCCCCCGGUAAUCUCACCCCCUUCAAACUUAAUUAGGAAGGUGUGGAGGAACUCUUUGCAUCUUAGCCGACACCAAAUAACCCGUACGCCUAGCAUCGGUCCUUUUUAUUACACCGUUUUAAAGUACUUUCGGGGAAUAGCUAUCCCUCUGUCGCUGUCUCUCAGGAGCGAGCGAGGUUCAGCGUCUCUGCAUCAAAUGGCCGAACCGAGAAAAGUACCAUUUGUCACACUGACGGCCUUCCCCGCCGGGCCAGCCUCGGAGCCAAGGAAACGCCGGCAGGAGGAUGAGGCCGACAUCAGUUUGGAGGGGAGCGCAGCGGCUGGAGCCACAGCGACCGGAGCAGGAGGUGGCGGUCUGUUUGGCAAAACUAGCGACGAGGACAACGGCGAAACAAGAGGGAUAACCGUGCGCUUGAACCUAUCCUUGUCCGAGCCCAGCGACCAGGCGUCGGCCGAAUUCAACUACAGCGAGCUGGUCCAGUCCAUACUGGUAAAAAAGGCCCCGCAAGGGCUGACACCUGCGUGUGACCCCAAUGACCCCUUUGCAGACGAAGAGAGAGAGCGACAGGAAGUGGAGGCCCUGGCCAAGAAGUUCGAGAGCAAAUAUGGCAGUUCUGGGAAGAAGAAGAGGAAGGACAGAAUGCAGGAUCUGAUUGAUAUCGGUUUUGGCUAUGAUGAAAGCGACCCAUUCAUAGACAACUCUGAGGCUUAUGAUGAGCUGGUCCCAGCCUCUCUGACCACCAAGCUGGGGGGAUUCUACAUCAACACGGGUACUCUGCAGUUCCGGGCUGCCUCUGAAUCUGAAGGGGAGGAUGGAGGAAAGGAUGGGAAACCUCACAGGAAGCUGAAGGAUGGGGAGGAACCAGUGAUCAAGAAACGGAAGAGAAAGGAGGGAAGUGGAGCGGAGGAGAAGAAGCCCAGGAAAAACAGAGUGCCCAAGCAAGGGGUGACUGCUCUGAAUAUUCAUCGGCCGGAGAAGAAGAAGAGGAAGAAACUGAUGAAAGACUCCCUCUCUCUGGCGGCCAUGAUCCGCCGGUUCACCCGGGAGAAGGAGAAGGCGCGCAAGGAGUUCGGCGCCGGCGCCAACCCGCCGCACAACAGCGGCGGCCCGAGCGCCCCCGCCGCCAACAACGCGCUCCACAACUCCCACCUGCACCCGCAGUCCGUCAACAGCGACAUCUCCAUGGCCGACCUGACGGCCGACCCCGCCGUGAUGUCGCUGCUGGGCUCCACCAGCGAGAGCGAGCUGCAGGACCUCCUGGGCGACCUGGACUUCAGCCUCCUGGACUCCUCGCCGCAGUCGUCCAGCCCCGCGCAGCGGGAGAACGGGCUGCCUGGAGCGGGGGGUCUGCCGGGGCAAAAGGUGGGGGCGGGGGCCUUAGGGAGGGGCCCGGGGGUGCUGGGGGCCGGCGGAGGGCUCCUGACCCCGCCUCCGCUUCCCGACGGCCUGCCUGCGCCUCUCACCAAGCGCAUCGAGGACCUGCGGGCGGCGUCCCGUCAGUUUGAUCAGGAAGGGAGGAAGAAGUUCUUCACCCUGGAUAUGAACAACAUCCUGCUUGAUAUCGAGCUGCAGGUGCAGGAGCAGCCGGCCGUCGUGCGCUCUGCGGUGUACUCGCACCUGGAGGCCUUCGUCCCCUGCAACAAGGAGGCGCUGCUCAAACGGCUCAAGAAGCUCAGCCUCAACAUCCAGCAUCAUCUCUCUCUCUCUCAGGACGACCGCUUGCGGACUCCUCUGUUGAAGCUGAAGUUGGCCGUGUGCAGCGUGAUGCCAGAGCAGAUUGCCAGAUACAACAUGGACUGCAUAGCCAAGGCCGCCAAGCAGCAGUCCGAGGAGGGGGAGAAGAACGGCUCCGAGGAGGAGGACGAGGAGAAGCCGGGCAAGAGGGUGAUGGGGCCGCGCAAGAAGUUCGUGUGGGACGACAAGCUCCGGACUCUGCUGUGUAACCUGGUGCGAGUUAAGCUGGGCUGCUACGAGCUGGAGUCCCAGGGCUCGCUCUCUGCAGAGGACUAUCUCAAGGCCUUCAUGGAGAACGAGGUCAAACCCCUGUGGCCCAAGGGAUGGAUGCAGGCCAGGAUGCUGUUCAAAGAAAGCCGUGCAGUGCACAGUCACCUCACUGGCAACUCACUAGCCAAGAAAAAGAUCGUCCCCACCCAGAAAGCUAAGGCCAAGGAGGGUGCCUGGGUCCAAAGGCCCACCCCCUCAGCAGCUGCCACGCCCUCUCCCGCCCCAGCCGUUCAGCGCCCGCCCUCCUCCCCCUCUGAGACCAUCUGCCUGUCCGACUCCCUGGACGAGGAGCUCACGGCCCCCUCCCUGGACUCCAUCGCCAACGCUCUUGCCCUCCUCAGCAGCGUGGCCAAAGGGCUGGUCCAGAACGACAGCCCCCCCUCCCCACCGGGCCCCCACACCCCCAAAAUGACCACCUCCACGCCCGCGACCACCCCCUCCGUACCCCACUACGUCCCCUCCGCCUCCCACCCCCUGUCGGGAAAAAAGGAGGCCUCCGCAGUAUCGGUAGCUAACAUGAGCACGCCGUCUACCUCUCCAUCCUCCUCCUCCUCUCCGUCCUCCACGGCCCGGAGCGAGGGAUUCGGAAUGAUGAAGGGGGGAGGGGUGAUGGCGCAGGCGCAGAGACACUCGCUGACGCCCGCGCACCGGCCGGGGGUUCCUGGGAUGAAUAAGCUCAGCCUGUCCAACUCCCCCUCCCCCCCGAAGCCAAGACCUCCCCCCACCGCCUCUCCGCUCUUGCCCCCCCAGCAGAAGUCGUUCUGCUCCCCAGGGGUAAAGCCCACCGCGACUGCACCAACCUCCGGACUAGUCAAGGGCGCUAAUAAGGCAAGCGGUGGUAAUGGCGGCAGCAGUAGUGCUACUGGCGGCAGCAGCGUGGCCAUGUCCCCUCAGUCUCGCCUGAACUCACACCCCCCUCAGCUGAACCCCAAAAGCCCGCAGACCCCACGGAUGCCCCACUGUCCCUCCCCCGGUCCAUCCUCUUCACACCCGCAGUCCAAGCCCCACCAGCAUCACCAGUCUAAUUUUAUCACCCCCAUGCAGGCCACCCUCACCAAGUCCUCGCACAGCAACAACCCGCCCAUCAUCAAGCUCACCCCUCGCCCCUUGGCUCCGACCCCUCCUCCCUCCUCCUCCCCGUCCACCUCUCCCUCUCCCUCCCUCCCGCCUCACUCUCGACCUCAGCAGAUUCAGAACGCGCACCAGUACUCUCCCAAAAACCCGAGCUUCCGCCCGCCCUUCUCAGUCCAGGGGGGGUCGGUUAAAGCCGGGCCGAGCAGCUACAGCCCUGCAGGCGGGCAGAAGACCUCCCUCCACAGCAGUAGCGGUGGCGGUGGCGGUGGCGGGAGCAGCAGCAGCGGCACCAGUGCCAGUCCCACUAGCACAUCCUCCAUUUCCAGUCGCCCAACCUCCAGCCCCUCCCCCUCCUCCAUCUCAGCCAGUCACGGGCAGCGGCAGAGGCCAGCAGGCGGAGCCAGUCAGGGGGCUAAGCCGGUUGUCAGCCGAGCACCCGUUUCCGCUAUACCCACGCCGCCGGUCACCUCUCAGCUGUCACAGGUGUCUUCGGCAGGCGGUAAUCUCCUGGGCGCGGCACCCCCGUCCCUCCCCCUGGGGUUCGGGAUGCUGGGAGGACUGGUUCCCGUCUCCCUGCCCUUCCAGUUCCCCCCCCUGCUGAACUUCACCCCGCCCGGGGCUCCGGGGGGCAGCGGCAUGGGGGCCGCCGCCAGCAACAACUCAGGAUACAGCCUGGCGCAGAAUGCCAACCAAAGCCAGGGUGGGGACAUGAAGAGGAAGUCUCACUGACCAAUAGGAAUUGGAAUGAAGAGGGGGGCCCACAGCCCGUCUGCUAGGAAAUUACAUUUGGUCUGAAAAUAUCAAGGAUAACGAUUGCUUUGGUUGAUAAACUCAUGAAACAUAGGGAUUUUCUCCACCUGACUGUGUCACGACUGCUCCGGAUGAAUUAAUUAUUCUUGCUAUAAUAAUGAAUUAUAUUGUAAUUGAGUAGGAAGGAUGAAUGGUGAACUUUUUUCUGUUUUUCUGUCUUUUUUUUUUUGUCAACAUGUUUACAAUUGCAGACCUUUAUCACUGUGGAAAAGAGAGAGGGGAAAAGCAGGAGAGAAUACGCUACGUAAUUUAAUUUAUAUUUAAGUAAUCUUACUUAUGUAUUCUUGAUCGUUUUUAUGAAGCUGUUUGACCUGAAUCCUGAUUUUUAGGAUACUCCCUCUCUCUCUGUCUCUUAGAUGGUACGGUCCUCUCCGGUGUGGGCGAUGUGUUGUGGGAGUUGUACUGUUUUGAGGUCACUUCCUGUUCCCACUACAGACUGUUAACACAGUAGCUAUUAUUACUGAAAAAAAAAAAAGAUUUGUAAUUAAUUUACACACAGGGAUAACACUUUCCGUUUAUGGUUUGAAAGUGUGCGAGUAAAUGAGUUUGAGUGUGUAUAUACUGUAUUUUCUCUCCAGGUCAGUCUGUACAUAGCGUGUGAGCAUAUCCCAUGCCCCCCCCCCCCCCUCUGUCUGGCUCAGUGUGUUCCUCUGGUGCUGUAUCUCACACUGGACUUUUUGGAAAAACUUGAAGUUGAGAGCAGAUCUCCAUUUAUGGAGAGAGAGACAGAGGAAAGGGUGGCGAAAGAGGGAAAAAGAUUGUAGCCUACUUGAACUUUAUUUUGAAUUUUGUUGCUGUUCAAUAAAACUCAAACAGACACAAACUCAAUAUAACAAAAAAGCCUUAGUUUGUAAGUUUAAAGAACUAUGCAGGAUGGUAAAAUGCUUAAAGCAGAACUACAGGUUGUUGCUUGGGAUUUUUAUUGCCCUUAACCCACUGUCUGGAUGUUUGUGGGAGUCAGGUUGCCUGUGUGUCUCGCUAUUCCUACAUUUAUAAUAAUGAUAAUAAAAAAAAUCAAACAGCACAGCUUAUUUCCCUUUUCAUCUGUAUGCUCUCAUCUCAGCCGCUUGUCCCUGACCCUGUUCCCCUCUCCCAUCCCAUUCUUUUCAGAUAGCCUUGUAUUCCCCCCCCCUUACAUUUGUCCCACUGACCGACUGAAUUGCGGAACCAAAGAUACGUCAGUAGGUUAGAAUGGCUGUGUCGGUCAGUCUGCAUUUUUUUAUAUGUACUUAAAAAAAAAUGUAUCCGUGUGUUUGUGUAUGUCUGUGUGCGCUCUGGAUGUCUUUAACAGAAAUUUGGGGGAACGUUUUGGGUUCACGUUUGGGGGAAAAAUUGUCUUGGUUACCUUUGUCUUUCGUAGAUUAUUUUUGUGUGAUAAAUAAAAGCUGUUGGUUUUCAGUUUGAGUUCUUUUGUGCACACCUUUGAACAAGUUCUCCCAUUUGGCACUAAAGGCUGGAGACAGACCGCUAUUGUUCAGAAGAGAAUGAGAAGCUGGUUUUCCCCUAGUUGUACAGGUCCUGUUUAAUUCAAUGCAUUUGCGAAAUGCAUCACUG